GUUGGAUAUAGUUUUUGAAACAAAAUGGCAAAACAACAGAAGAAAUUUAGAGGAGUGAGGCAACGGCGGUGGGGCUCAUGGGUCUCCGAAAUUCGUCAUCCUCUUCUGAAGAAAAGGGUUUGGUUGGGAACGUUUGAAACGGCUGAAGAUGCCGCUCGAGCCUACGAUGAGGCUGCCAUUCUCAUGAGCGGUCGCACUGCAAAAACAAACUUUCCAUUGUCGACUGCCGUGGUCACGAACGAAUCUAGAAAUUUUGCUCCAUUUGGGUCGUUAUCGGCAAUUCUCAACUCUAAACUUCGCAAGGGUUAUUGUAAAUCUCUUCCUCCUUCUUUGACUUGCCUUCGUCUUGACACCAAGAGUUGUCAAAUUGGCGUUUGGCAGAGGCGUACAGGACGCUAUCGAGUGGUCAACUCGAACUGGUUGAUGAUGGUGAAGCUUGAUGAGAAAAAGAACGACGACGAAUACCGAGUAACGGAUCAUGAAUUGUUGGAAAAGGGUGUGGAAGAUGAAGUGAGAGUUUCAAAUGAAGCAGGAAGCUUAGACGAAGAAGAAAGAGCUGCUCUGCAAAUGAUUGAAGAACUUUUAAAUAAGAAAUAGACGAGUAAUCAAAAGGUUUUUUCAAGAAUAAUAAUUUCUAAAUCUAAACCUAAACAACUAUUACAUAUUUUUCUUUUUAACCAAAAAUUUAAUUACCUACUAUGCAUGUAUUGAUAUUAAUAUUUAUGAUCUAUAUAUCCAUCAAAGCAUCUAUGAUUCAGAUCCACACAUAAUUAAAUUUUAGUCUUUUUU